AUGUUAGCCUAAACAAGGGAGGGGUUUAUGCAUUAUGCUGCCGGGCGCGGCGUCCCGGCGCUGUCAUUUUUUCCCAUACAUUCUUUAAAAAUGCCGGCAUGGAGUAGCAUGUGGUCGCAACCCUGGGCAAUUUUAUAUAAUGGAUUGAAGCUGAAAAUGUUUCUUGUAGAGAAAGAAAUGCUCGUCGAUUGAAUGGGAACAGUCUAUCGUCCCAUUUCUCGAUGUGAUUUCUUAAUUUUCGUUCUGAGAUAAUCACGGAAGUGUCUGAGAAUGGAAGACGAUGCAGAGCCUGACUUGGAUGAAGUUGCUCAGCAGGAUGGAGUGGGAUUCAAAGUGUACCGGAGAAGAUGGUUCGUCUUGUUCGUGCUAUGUCUGUUAAACUGCUCCAAUGCUUUGUUAUGGCUGACCUUUGCCCCAGUGGCAGAUCAGACGGCCCGGUACCUGGGGGUCUCCCUGGACCAAGUCAACUGGCUGUCGCUGGUCUACAUGGUGGUGGCCAUUCCCCUCGGGUUCGUCACCACGUGGAUGCUUGACACGUGGGGACUGCGGGUUUCGCUGAUCCUGGGCUCCUGGCUGAACAUGGUGGGCAGUUUUCUCCGCUACGUCGGUACCCUGAAGUGCCUCCCGCCCGCGGUGUGGGGCUUCCCCCUGCUGAUGUGCGGCCAGACCCUGUGCGCCGCGGCCCAGCCGCUGGUCAUCUUCUCUCCCACCAAGCUGGCCGCACUCUGGUUCCCCGAGCACCAGAGGGCCACCGCCAACAUGAUAGCCUCCAUGUCAAACCCACUGGGUCUUCUGUUUGCCAAUAUAUUCUCCCCCCUGAUUACUGGGAGUGCUGGCAACCUUCCCUUACUGCUGGGGAUUUAUGUUAUACCAGCGUCUAUCGUCUGUCUCCUAGCAACGCUGGGUAUCCGCGGGAGUGUACCCCCAUCGCCUCCAUCAGCCAGUGCAGAGACUUCCAAUUCAGAGCCUUUCUUGCAGGGAAUUAAACUGCUACUUAGGAACAAGCAGUACAUGGUUCUUCUGCUAUUUUUUGGGACUGGGAUCGGCGUCUUCACCUGCUUCUCAUCCCUGUUGGAGCAGAUCCUCUGUGUCAGAGGAUACACAAACGACUUUUCUGGGCUUUGUGGGGCUCUCUUCAUCGUGUUCGGCAUCGUGGGGGCAGCCUUUCUUGGGCUUUACGUCGAUCGGACGAAGAAGUUCAUGGAAGCCGCUAAGAUCAACAUGAGCCUGUCGGCGCUGGCCUGUGCCGCCUUGGCAGUGGUGUCUCAGAUGCGGGACCAGAAAGCCACGGUGGCGGCCAUCUGCUCGCUCUUCGGGUUUUUUGGAUUCUCCGUGUUCCCGGUCGUGAUGGAACUGUCGGUGGAAUGUUCCUAUCCCGUCGGAGAGGCGUCCUCUGCUGGCCUGAUCUUCAUAUCUGGACAGGUCCAGUCAAUUUUAUACAUCGUGGUGCUUCAGGCGUUGACCCAGAAGUUGGCUGAUUCCCCAUUUUCUGUGUGUGCUUUGGGGGAAGAUGCUGCUUUGAGUUGGAGAGUGCCGGUGCUGGUGAUGGCUGGUUUGUUCUGCAUGGCCUCCUGCUUCUUCGUCAUCGUAUUCCACACAAACUACAGGAGGCUCCGGGCCGAGGAGGUGGCCGCCCAGAAAGCGGGAGAGGAGGAGGACAGUCCGGGGAACGCACAAGGUGCCAUGGUGGAAAAUGAGGACUGAUGGAGGGGAAUCCACUCCCCCACCCCCCCCACAAAAAAGAGCAUGCUUUAAUGUUACUGAAAGUCUGUGGUAGAUAACGGUGCCAUUAGACUGCAAUAACGCAGCUUGGUUUAAUCUGGAUGUCUAGCGUACUGAUACACUUACUUCAGGAACAUUGGGUGAGACUUGUGUCAACAUUCUGAGAUGGAUGGAUGGAUGGACGGACAGAUCAAUGGAUGGGUUCAAACACAAGAAGACGCUGUUGAGGAUGUUUUGAAUGACUGAUGUGUUUUUCAAAAGCUGAGAUAGAAAUUUGCUACAUAUUAAACAACGAGUACAACCAGUCUUCUCAUGCUUGAAGCUAACAAGCUGUACCAAAGUCUUCCAGAGAGGUUGAAGUUUGUAAUUGGAAACAAUGAUGAAGCACUGAGUUUUCCUUUGAAUUCUCACCGAACCCCGGAUUAUGCGUUAUGGCUGAAACUGUGCAGUGAGUUUCCAGAUUGUUUGCCGAUCAUCAUUCAUUGAUGCACGUGUAGAGUCGAGGUGAUCUGGUACAUUUGGGAUUUAUGCACUUUAUGCGAAUUUUGUUACUGGGACAUUUGUGUCAGUUUUUAACUUUUAUUAAUUAUUUAAUUAUGUGACAAACUGAAAAGCAUUAGGUACUUGGCAUAAGGAUAGUUUGGUUUUAUACUGGAAUGCUCUGGUUUUCCAUGUGAAUAUGCGGAGUCUAUGCUGGUUUGGAGUGGGUAUCUUGAGGUACAGUUUCCGCAAUUAUAAACAAAUCCAUGUGUUUGAUUUUGUAACAAGCAGUUGCAGCGCCAGUGCAAAUGCACCCUUGGUGCUUGUCACUAUAAGUAAUAAAAUGAAGCCUUGCUGAUUUUUAAAGAAACAAGUAGAUUUUUCAAUGUAACAAGGAGUUUGUUAUUACUGCUAAUGACUGUUUAACCAAAAUGACAUUUUUCAAAUGGGUAUCAGAGGUAAAUGGUGCUCAGAUUUACAAAAUAGUUUUUACAUUCCAUGUAUUAAAAUUGUAUGCUUAAAAUGACACUUUUAGUAACCUGUAAUUGCUCUGAAACAGCUGCUGGUUCUUCAGCAAGCAGGCAACAACUAAUUUCGAAGCUAUGGGAAUUUUUUUUUUUUCCCCACAUCAUUAAUUUGACUUUGAUCUGACAUAUAAUGCUUUCAAAUCUGUAGCAGCCUGUUGGAAAACUGAAGUAUGUGUUUGUUAACAUGAUAACCAUGUAAGAACGACCUUACUUAUUUAAAAAAAAUAAACUUUAUAUAAGUAAAUGUUA